CCCUCCCAAUCAUGUGAUUCAGGUGUUCCAAUCACCUCCAUGGCCACAGGUGUAUACAAUCAUCACCUAGGCAUGCAGACUGCUUCUACAAACAUUGGUGAAAGAAUGGGUCGCUCUCAGGAGCUCAGUGACUCCAAGCGUGGUCCCGCGAUAGGUUGUCACCUGUGCAAUAAGUCCAUCCGUGACAUUUCCUGGCUACUAAAUAUUCCACGCUCAACUGUUAGUGGGAUUAUAACAAAGUGGAAGCAACCGGGAACAACAGCAACUCAGCCACCAAGUGGUAGGCCACGUCACAUGACAGCUGGAUCAGCACAUUCUGAAGAGCACAGUGCGCAGAACUCGCCAACUGUCUGCAGAAUCGAUAGCUAAAGACCUCCAAACUUCGUGUGGCCUUCAGAUUAGUGUGUAGAGAGCUUCAUGGAAUGGGUUUCCGUGGCCGAGCAGCUGCAUCCGAACCUUACAUCACCAAGUGCAAUGCAAAGCGUCAGAUG